AGCCUGACAGAGCGACUACUCAGAGUGCCGGGGCGGGGGGAGGUUCCGGAAGUCACAGUGCCCUUUUCCGGUCCCGGGGCAGUGUGGGAUACGGGGGCGGGGACAGCCUCGCGGGGAGGCCCCGCCCAUUCCUGGCCCGCCGGGGCUAGACUCGCUCCGCCCGCUCGGGAUCCGGAAUGGCGAGGGGGCGGUGCCGGAGCCGAGGGCGCGCCUGAGGGCAGGGACCGGCGUUCUGAAGGGACCUAUGGGCCGCCACAGGGACAUAGUGUUCUCACGUCAUCGUGUCGUGGCACUCUCACCUGUGACAACCGCAACGUAGUGUUCCACGUCUUUGACGUCAUUCCUUGCGCUGUGACGUACCCCACAGGUGUGACUGAGGGUGACAAUUGGGCUGUAGGGCCCCCUUACAUCCGCAGAAUGGCCUCACCUUUUGGAGGCAAGCCCUCUUCGCCCAGGGCGGAGACCACUUGCCAGAAGGAGACGUCGACGGUCCGAGUGGAGACCUCGUCCCACCGCGUGGAGACAUCCUCUUGGCAGGUGCGAACGACCGCCCGGCGGGUGGAGACCUCCCAGCGCCGCAGCGAGGGGCCCUCCCUGUCCCCCUCUGGAAAGCGGCUCCCCCACGUCUUCGAGAUGUCUUCCCAGCACGUGGAAUCCUCCUCGCAGCGCGUGGAAACAUCCUCCCGCCAGGUGAGGGCCUCCUCGGCUCUGCGGGUGGAGACGUCUCUGCACCGCGUGGGCAAGCCGGCAGCCAGCCAGAAUGUAAAAAUGGCCCGAUGAAGUGCUUCCCCAAGGCCGCGAAAGGGCCAUGGCCCGUAGCCCAUGGCCUUUAGCCAGGACAGAAUUACCUCCAGUUCCCAGCCAGCCAGCUGCCAGAUGGCCCAGGCAUCUUUGGCUUCUUGCAAACAAGCCCAUAAAUCAACGUAAGAAAUAGCGGAUCUGCGGCUUCUGGAUUCAGCCAACAUUCAUUGACCAUGCUGCCCCUUGAACCAACCUGCUUUUGUCGCACUGAACUGUUCCACCUUGAAGCCAGUUUUCAGACCCCUGAUACUACGUAAGUUGGGUUGAUGGACAAAGAGGGUGCUUGAGCUCCUGAGCCAGGUGAGUUUUGGAUUCACAGCCCCCCAAAACAUUCACUGCUUGAAACUCGGGAGCAGAGACCAAACUGAAAUCCUGACCUGUGGAAUGAUUACAUGCCUGCCAGAAACCUGUGGGGCUUUUAUUCAUUUUUAAUUGACCUUUGUUUAUGUUUCAAAAUAAUAAGUUACUUUCUUUUGCUAAGUCUUUGUACCUGGUACCCCCCUCACACAUUUUUAAACACAGGUUUCAUGUAGUUAAAAACUGAAGGUAAACCUAUCAAAACUAAUGUUAGAAGUCAUUAUUAAAGAGACAGAAAACAUGACAGAACAAGACCAUUUUCUCCUGUGAUUAACACUAGGAAGGAAAUAAAUGAGUACUGGGAUAGGCAAUGGAGGUAAGGAGAUUCUUUAUAGAAGAUGAUUAGGGAAGGCCUUGCUCAUUACAUAGCAUUUGAUCUGAGAUUUGUGUGGGGAGAAUAGUGACCAAACUGAAACCAUGACCCGUGGAAUGAUUAUAUGCUUGCUAAAAACCUGAGGGGCAAAGAACAGGCUUUCAUUAAUUUUUAAUUGACCUUUGUUUAUGUUUUGAAAUAAUAAGUUCUUUUCCAAGAUCUGGGAAGAGUGCAUUCUAAGCAGAAAGAGCAGCAAGUGCAAAGGGUGGUUGGAAACAAGCAUGUAAUGUUCAAGGAACAGAAAGAUUAGUUUGGCUGGAGUCUAGGAAGUAAGAGAGAAAGAGAGGGGGCUACGGAGGAGAGAAGGUUAAAAGUAGGCAAGCACCAGUCAUAGAGGUUUUAUAAGCCACAGGUAAGAGCUUGGUUUGAUUCUAAGAUCAAUAGGAAAACAUUGGAGGAUGUUCAAAACGGGAUUAACAUGAUGCAAUUUACAUUUUAAAAAUAGCCUCUGGCUUCUGAGGAUAGGAUAUAGUAGGGAUAUUUUCAACUGGGGGUGAUUUUUCUGCCAGGAGAUAUUUAGCAAUGUCUAGAAACAUUUUUGUUUGGCGGGGGGGUGGGAAAGGUGGAGGGGAUAGGACAGGCUACAGAGAGUACUAGUGGCAUCUACUGGGUUGAGGCCAGGGAUGCCAUUAAACAACUUAAAAUACACAGUACUCUCCCCCAACAACGAAUUAUUCAGUCCCACCCAUCCUCUAUGUCAAUAUCAUCAAGUUUAACGCUUAAGAGUCUAGCAGUAGGGGGACCAGCAGAUGGCAUAACGGUUACAUCAUUGGACUCCCAUGUAGUCAACUACAGUUCCAGUCUCGGACCUGGGAGCUUGGAACUCACAUUGGUCAUCUGCGUAUGCCCAAGAUUCCAAGAGGAAAAUGGAGGAGAGGGGAUUGCAGUGUGCUCAUUCUUGGGA